ACCGAUGUGGAAUAAAAAAAAAAUAUCCGCGUGGAGUAGCAUCAGACACGAUGUCAGCAUUUCUGAAGGUUUUCUUAUUAAUUCAUUUCACGAAUGCGGUGUGUGCCAAAAAAUCAGAUCUGCUGGUCAACACUCCGUUAGGGAACGUCCAAGGUUUCUAUAAAACAAGUAGUUACGGGCGUAGUUACAGGGCGUUCGAGGGAAUUCCAUACGGAAAAUCGCCAGUGGGAGACCUGAGAUUUGAGCCACCUCAGCGUUUUGGUUCGUGGGAAGGGACAUUGCAGGCAACCGGACCUCGGAGUGCAUGCGUACAGUACUUACCCGCGUCUUUGAAAUUACCCCAACAAGUAAUCGGAAGCGAGGAUUGUCUGUACCUGAACAUCUACACUCCUUCCAAGACACCGAAAAAUAAGUCCAAACUACUGCCAGUAUUUUUCUGGAUCUACGGCGGAUCCUUCCAAUCCGGAGACGGCCAUGGUCAGGGUUCAUCGUACCUCAUGAAUCGAGACUUGGUCUUCGUGAAUUUUAAUUAUCGUUUGAAUAUUCUAGGGUUUCUGAGCACUGAGGAUGCAGUUGUCCCUGGGAACAUGGGUCUGAAGGACCAGAAUCUGGCGCUGCGGUGGGUGCACGAGAACAUUAAAUACUUCGGUGGUGAUCCCGAUCGAGUUACUAUCGGCGGAGUGAGUGCUGGAGGUUCUAGUGCUCAUUACCACUAUCUGAGUCCCAUGAGUCGUGGCCUUUUCCAAGGUGGAAUGUCAUUCAGUGGUACAGCCCUCGAUAAUUGGGCGCAGACUGAAGGUAGUCUUGAGAAGGGGAAGAAAGUGGGAUCUCUGCUGGAAUGUCCAACGGAUAGUACCAAGAAGAUGGUGGAGUGCUUGAAAUCACGACCCGCUAAAAACAUAACUCAACUAGUCGGUCGUUUUCAGCCAUGGUUGUUCAAUCCGGACGUUCCAUUCGGCCCAGUAGUGGAGAAAAACUCACCGGAGCCAUUCAUCGAUCGAUCACCUGUGGAGAUCAUCGCCAGUGGAGAUGCCGCUGAUGUUCCCUGGACGUCGAGCGUCGUCUCCGAGGAAGGACUCUUUCCUGUCGUGGAAUUUCUCGAGAAGGAGGAGUUAAUGGCCAAGUUGGAUGAAAAAUGGGAGGAAAUCGCGCCUCAUUUACUCGAUUUCAACUUCACUAUCCCGCAGUCGAAACAUGCUCAAGUGGCGGCAACCAUUAGAAAACAUUAUUUCGGCAGUGAUAAAAUUGAAAUUGCAACGGCUCAGCAACUUAUUCACAUGCACGGGGAUCGAUCAUUCUCGCCACUUGGUGCCAGGCUAAUGGCAAAAGCCAAUCGCAGCUCUGUUUGGUUCUACUAUUACAGUUACAGGUCGAAAAUCAGUUUGACCAAUUUAUUUCAUGUGACUGGAAACUAUGGUGUGAGCCACGGUGAUGAUGUAUUUUUAUUUAUACCCAACUCACGCUUAGAAUCUAUCACCGAUCAACCGACGUUAGACGUGCAAAAUAUUCUCUUGAACAUCAUAGAAUCUUUCAUGCGGAAAGGAGUGCCCUCCGUUGGAAUUGACUGGCCCCGAGUGGACCCAUCAAACGAGUAUCUGGACUAUCUCCACAUUUCAGGGCCUGAGGGAUUGGAAGCGAUGUCGAGUUCAAAUUUUGCCGAGGAAAAAUUCUGGGCUUCUAUCGAUUUUGAUGAAAAUAAACUGGAAAAUUAGGAACAUCCGCUGUAGAAGACGUAAUAACAUACCUAGGCUAUUUGUACGUUUCCCUCAGCAUCUUAUGAAUUAUCUACUGUAAAUGCGAUCCCUACAAAAACAAAAACACAUGUUUUUGUAAAA